AUGGCCUCGGCAGACUCGAGGGUUGGCGGCCAGGGUGCCUGCACCACCUCGACCGAUCCUCCUCUGGAUCAGCCUCCUCCGCUGUCUCGCUCGAUUCCAACUCCAAAGCAAACGACAUCUCCCAACUCUCAUGCCCGCUCUCUCGCGCUCCCGGUCACCUUUGUCAGCGCCAACGUUGCCCCUGCCAGCGCCGACGCUGCCGACACCGCCACCACCGCUGCUGCUGCCACCACCACUGCUACCACCUCAACCACCAAUAGUAGUACCGCUCCUGCAAACACGGCCGCCGCACCAGGAGCCGCCGGUCCUGCGCCCGAAAUCGAGCAGAACGGCGGCAGCAAGACUUCAGAGGGCGAGACGGAGAUGUCGGGCCACCACCAGCCGCCCGGAAGCAGCCCUCGUGGCCCCGCGAGCUACCCCGCGCCGCCUUCGUUGUCCUCGUCCUCAGCAGCAGCGUCUUAUCCCCAUCAGCCUCAAAAUCACUACGCGCCCUACAACCACCAGCACCCCGCGCCUCCGCCGUCCUCCGAUGCUGCCUACCGAGCCAGCCCAGCCCCCAGCAACUCCAUGACACUCCCAAGCAUGCGAACGAUCGAUUCGAUGACACAGUCGGCCUCGCACAGCGCAGGUCCUAGCCAGAGCCUGAGCGCACCCAUACCUGCUGGUUCUGGGCCCAUGUCGUCGUUCUAUCCAGUCCCUCAGUCGUCGACGUUGGGCUCGAAUUACGCCAUCUCACCGGAGGUCGUGGCUCGCUAUGCGGCCAUGCCAUAUAGUCCGAACAGCGUGCUGCAUCGCGCACCCAAAAAGUGCGACGAGGGCCACCCGACGUGCAACAAUUGCAAGAAGUCGAGGCGCGAUUGUCUGGGAUACGACCCUAUUUUCCGGCAACAGACUGUGAAUCUGGGCGGCAAUUCUUACAGCCCGGCCUCAUCUUCGGCCACAACUGUUUCAACACCUCAUUCUCAGGUGGCAUCUCCCCCAGAACACUCCAGGAUACUCCCACCGCCUACAUCCCGCCACCAAGGUGCUCCUCAUUCUCACAUCGGAUCAAAUUCCUACGGAGCCCAGCCAACUGCCAGCUUGAGCAGCUACUCAUCUGCAUCCUCAAACGGUCCCCUCCCACCACCAACGAGCUCUUCACCCUACCAUAACCCCGGUAUCCAGAAGGAGCCCAACGACAGCAAAUCCGACCUCAGCCCGGCAUUCCAUUCUUCCUCCUUGAACGGUUCAGAUCACCGGGUUUUGCCUCCGCCGAAUCCAGGGACAGACGGGUCGAGAUCCAGCCACCAGCACCUCAGAGGAGAGAAGAUGAAGAUUAAUGACAUAAUCAAUUUGCUGGGCCCCCCUCCUCCUCCCCAGCAGGCCAAUUCUUCGGAGGAGGAGUUCAACGAAAUCACUAGGGUGUAUCAUGAGAUGUAUGCUGGGAGCCUGAGUGCCUUCUUCGAAACAAGCUGGUACUAUUUCGUGGAGAAUGGGCAAAUGACUUUUCCCAGGGAUCCUGGGUUAAUCGAGGGCAUGGCGGCGUUUUUGAAGGUCCUACAAACUGUCAAGGCAAAUGAUCACGUCCAAAUGUCUUACUCGGGAGUUUUGGAAACCAGGAUCGUCUGGCAGCUGGCCUGCACUGCGUCCUGGGCUGCGGCUGACCACACUUCGAAUUCUACGCGCACAUCGCUGCCACCCGAUGGUGAUGCGGUGGAGGCGAAGAACCGGCUGAAGGUUGUCGAGGCGCUGCUGUGUGGCGACUACCUCGCAUCGAACCCUCUUACUCCGCCUUCGCAAGAUCGGGAUACUGUUCGGAUGCGUCAGUUCGACUUUUGGUAUCAGUUGGGAGAGUUUGUGCGAAUCCGAGAGCUCCCAAAUGCACCGCCCGCGGUCAAAGAUAGGGAUGGCGUACUGAACAAGAUGCGGCAUCUUCUCGACGGUCGGGAGAACCGGGAUGUGCUCUACUCUAUUGCCGUGGUGAGGGAGCUGGCUCCCCAGUUCGACCCCAACUACGCUAGCUCGGUUCCUCAGCAUCUCGACGAGGCGGACCCGAAGAACCGGCUCGCGGUGGCUUCCAAGUUUAUUCUCGACGAGUCACAAGUGACGGGGGGAACCACAAACGUCGUACGGCGGUUCAGUGAUAUUGCCGCGCGGGCUUUUGUCAACCCCGGAGUGAACGUUGCGAGGUCUGCUUAA